CCCCGCGCGUUGUGCCGUCAGCCGUAGUCCGGUAGUCGUGCGUUCGUGCCCGUGUCUGAUGCAUCUGCGCCGUGCUUGUGAAACGUAAAAUGUAAUAUUAUAGUGCAUUGCAUAGUAUCAUAUUAUAAACCAUAAUAUAGUGUCGUAUAUUAUUGUAUUAUUCGAGAAACGGAGACAGACUUCCCCGCCGUCAUAUCAUUAAUUGAUGUCCUGCUUAGAAUAUUGUUUGUAAAAUUUGACCAUCGGCCAUGAACUCGUGUUUCCCACCAUUGGCCGCUUUAACGCUGAAAGAUAAACGCCGAAAUUCUGCUUAUUUGGAGACCACUGGAAAUCAAACCAGUGGAAAACCUAACGUUAUACAAGACAUGGAAAUGUUUUAUAUAAAGCAAAUUGCUCAUAAUCUUAAGGACUAUGAAUUGGAACAAAAAAUGGAAUUUGAGAUGAAAAUGCGUGAAGGCACGACACGACUCCUUGCCGCCUGCAAACAUCAAACGCAAUCGUUGCAAGCCGCCAAGAGCUUGUUGACGUCUAACGAAAGGAUGACCGCUUACAUCGCCGAAUUGCACCGGAAGAGCCGAGAACCCCCACAGAUUGGAUGGAACGGUGGAAAGGCUCGGGUGUCGCUUUCGGACUUACGACUCCCACUGAUGUGGAGGGACACGGACCAUUUCAAGAAUAAAGGUGACUACCGACGAUUUGCAGUGUUCUGUUUGGCUAAAAUCGGUACGCAACUGUACGAUACUAGCCUCAUGUUCCCGGUUGACAGAUCCAUGACCGACGUUACGUUUAACGACGUAUUGCUCUUUGAAAACGUCGGGCCUGAUUUCAAACUCGACUUGGAAGUAUACGCCCAUGUACUGCGCGACGACUUUUCGAUUGCGAGCACGCCGAGGAAAAUUAAGAACACGCUACACAGUUCCAUAAGCCGCACGGUUGGUAAAAAGUUGGCUGCCACAUUGAGAGACGAACUGAAUAGUGGUAAAAUUGGACCUAGUUUUGAACUAAUGGCAUCAGCCAAACUGACUUUAGAAGAAGUGGAUGACAGAGUACAUACGCAUGAUAUGAAAAUUGAAUGCACUCAAGAAAACCGUAAUAAUCAGUUACCUCUGUUUGGUCAUUUUUGCUGUCGGUUGGCUGCACAACCCCAGUGUACAUCGUCCCCGGUGUAUUCAGGGUAUGUACGGCCACGAGAUGAAUCUUCUUCCUCAUGGGCCAACCUCCAAGCAUUUGAACUGUCUAUAUGGUCAACAGAAGAAGAAGCAAAAUCUCAACCACCCCAGAAAACAUUUCGUGUUGAUAGGAAUACAGUAAUUCGAGCGCUGAAGAUCAAUAAUGAAAUUGAAAUAUCCAACGAAUCUGAAAAGCGAACAGUAUCGUUUAUAUUUUCAGUAGAAAAUGGUGAGGAGAAAGGCAACUGGCUAAAAUAUUUAGUUCAGCAUACCAAAGAACAUUACAAAUGGAAAAAAGCAGCUGAAAAUGUCAUGGAAGUACAGUUGUUAGAAACUAACAGGCAUUCAUUUGUUAAACCAGAGCGACAAGGAUCACUUUAUGAUGAAACUCCACUUUUUGAAUCUUUUGACAAGAGCAGUCACGAUAAGAACAGGCCUACUGUAAUGGAUAUGUUUUCCAAUGGAGGCCAAGUCUCUACUACCAGUCUUAGUUCAUGUUCAUCCACUGGUUCUAUGUCUCAUAAUCUACGCUCAAACUCAUCCUCAUCAUCAUCAUCGACUGUGAGCAGUAGUGGAACCCAACGACGAUCACAUUGGCCGUUUUCUAGGAAAACGUGAUUAGCACACUAUGUUUCUAUUUCUUAAUUAUGAUGUACAUACUGGAGUGGGCUACACCUUUUAAGAUUCCUAGUUUUAUACCCUUAUUUACCAUUUUUGUACCUGCUUAAUGUUAAAUUUUAAAAGUGCUUACAUAAUUGUAUUAUUAUUAUUCAUUUUAUCUCUUUGUACCUAUUCCUAUGUGUACCAUUUCAUUGAUUUUCCAUUUUAUUUUUAUAGCAUAUUUUAAUUUGAAGUAUAGCCCUCUCUUAUCAAUGUGUCUUAAAGACUUAACAAAUAGUAUUAAUCUUAACUGUAUAAAAUGAAUACUUAUUAUUAUUAUUAGAAUUAUAAAAGAAAAUUUUUUUCGUAUUAUUUAUUAUUAUCAUUGUUUAAUAAUCUGAGAAUCAUUAUAUUUCAAAUGUGUCCCAUUCAUCAUUAUAAUAUAUCUUAUUUUUCGUGCUAAGUUAAUUCUAAAGCUUUUAUGUUAAAUUCAAAUAUAAUUUGAAAGUAGUAGUUUAAUUUAAUGCAAUAAUAAUAAUAAUGAGUAAUGGCCAUGUUUUUGUACUGACUGAUCAUUAAAUCAUGUCAAGUAUGUAUAAUUUAGUAGUGCAUAUUUGUUAAGGCUAUACAUUCUUACAUCUUGUGUAUACAUACAAGGACAUUAAACAUAUUUAUAUUUACAUACAA